AUGCUAAUUUUACAAGAAAGGAGAUUGUUUAAUUAUCUGCGAUGCAGGGGGAGGAACAGUGGAGCACUCUGUGGUUCCGUGAUGCUGGACCAGUUAUUUCAAGAAUUUCUCACAAAGCAAAUUGGUAAAAAGAAAUACCAAAGCUUACCUGGAGCAGCAAAACAGAUCAUCAUGCAUCAAUGGCAGAAUGAAAUUAAACAUGAAUACUCAGGUCCCAAUAACUGUGACGGAUUUGACGCGGGUUAUUACCUUACUAUACCUGGCCCGAAAAUCCCAGGCACGCAAGAUGGGAUGCUUUACAUUGAGAACAAUGAAAUUCAAGAAAUUUUCGAUAAUGUCAUCGACCAUGUCAGGUCUUUGAUAUCCGAACAGAAGAAAAAUCUGGAAAAGACCGGGUCGUCUGCUAAGGCUAUCAUUCUCGUCGGUGGGCUCGGUUCGUCUGAGUACCUUUACAGGAGCCUUGAAGACCAUUUUGAGGGAAUCAAAAGACAAAUUAACUUGGAUAGUGGCGCUGUCAUUCGUGGUCUCCAGGGAAACUCUGUUCAAACUCGAAAAUCUCGAUGCCAUUAUGGUAUAGCGUGUUCAGAACGCUUCGACCCCUUCGUGCACUCCAGAAAGAACAGGAUAUGGUGUCAAUACGAAGAACAGUGGAUGGCAUCUUCUAUCAUGCGAUGGUAUAUUAAUAAGGGGGAAUCCCUUGCCGAGGAAAAACCUAUUAGGUUUUCUUGGUAUCGAACUGUUGGGUUACAUGAAUCUCUAGUAUUCCACGAACCUUUGAGAUUCAGCAUUGCCAAAAGUGCCCCAAGUGAGUUAGAAGCAGACCUGAACAGGAUUCCCAAGGAGCUUUUUGAUAAACACAGAAAUAGCAGAGGGGAGGAGUAUUACAGAAUCCACUUCGACAUGGUAAUGACACCUACAUCCGCGUCGCUACUCUUUGACUUAGAGUUCAACAACAUUUCCUAUGGCACAGUACGUGCAAAGUAUUACUAG